UUCUCUCUGGUUGCGGAGCUCCUUCGGGAGAAACUUUGAAGGCAGCCGACCCGUGAUAUUUGAAUCCUAACCUAAGGAUCCGAAAUCCGCAGGGGAAGGAAAGAAGGAGGCAGCCGACUAUCCACGAAAUUAGAUCUCAAUUGAAGAAAUGUCGAACAUACAGGAUUUCUUCAAGCGUUAUCUGCCGGUGGUCAAGGCCGACGAGGGAGAGGAGGAGCAGGAACAGGACCUGGUGGAUCCGCAAACGGUUCUUCGUGCGGAAUGCAAUCAAGAGAAGAAGUGCAUCGCCUUCAAAGAGAAGCUGGACACGUGCAACGACCGUGUUAACUCGAGAUCCCACACGGAGGAAACCUGUCUGGAGGAGAUUAUCGAUUAUGUGCAAUGCGUAGAUCACUGCGUCGCAAAGACUCUGUUCAGUAAACUUAAGUAAUUGCACAAUUAUAUCUCCAAACAACGAGCCAAGCUGUUGUUCGCAAUGUUAAAGCUAAAAAUUUCAGGCGUUGUACAUAUAUAAUCAAAUGCUAGCAAUAAAAGAUUAAAUUAUUACAGAA